AUGGCCUGGUUGUGGAUUUGGAUUUGGCUGUCUCAAGGCCAAGGCGGGCAAGGCGACUGCCAAGAUGAGGUCUUCGGCGAUGUGUUCGAGGUGUCUUUGCUACAAACGUCACGGCACCUGAGCCGUGUGCGAGCUUUGAAGCGCGAGCCGGAAGAGCCGGAGGAGACUUCCUGCAGCGGCUCCUUCCGGUUCUGCAGCGAUGCGGAGCGCCGCGUUUGUGCCUACAUCCCGGGAUGCAACUGGCAUCGUGAGAGCGCUUACGGAGGCUGGUGCCUGGAGAACUCCAAACGUGGGGCUGCGCGUUCCUGUGCAGCGCUGGAUGGUCCCCGAUGUGCCGCCGAGCCUGGCUGUCGCUGGGAGCGCAGCUGGCCGGAUGCUUUCUGUCGUGGGGACGGAGGCCGCUGGCAGAACCCAGGCUGCAGCUUCACGAACGAUGCUGAGGCCUGCAUGUCGAUGCCGGGCUGCAAUUGGGGAGGGCGUAGCUCCUACGGCGGCUGGUGCUCCGGCGGAUCUGGCGAGGACGGCGAAGGCUGCGCCUUUGAGACUACUCAGACUGCCUGCGCGCGGCAUGGGUGCACGUGGACCAUGGCAGCUUAA